AUAUUUGUUUAAAUAGUUCGGAAUCCCAUAUAAAUGACUGCGUCGUGGCGUGAAGGUCGUCGCAAUUGCGAAAUCAAUAUACCAUCCCACCCACAUUAUCAUCUUUCGGUCCCAGCUUCCCAGGCUCCUCCUCCUUUUCUCCCACCCCCUCUCCUCUCUCUUUCUCGUACCAGGCCUGUGUUGCGUUAGGCAGAGACCCUUCUAACGGAUUGUACAGGAGACAAUACCAACCAUGGAAAAAGAUAUCGCAGUCGUGGGAUUCUCCUUCAUGCUCCCGCAAGAUGUCAACGACAUCUCAAGCUUCUGGGAAGUACUUCGGACACGAAGGAACCUUAUGACGGACUGGCCCGACUCCCGUAUCAAGGCCGGUGCUCUCGGAGGGAAUGAUGCAAAAGUCCAAUGUCGGGGAGGACACUUCAUAACGGAGGACCCCGGGGCCUUCGACGCUCCGUUCUUUUCCGUGACCCCCAAAGAGGCGGCGGCCAUGGAUCCGAUGCAAAGAUGGACUCUGGAGGCAUCAUACCACGCCUUUGAAAAUGCUGGAAUCCCAGUAGAACGGCUCAGGGGCUCGCAAUGUGGAGUUUUCUCUGCCUCCAUGACCGAUGACUACAAACGUAUGAUGGCGCAGGACCCCGACAGCGUACCCCGGACGGCGGUAACGGGAACUUUUGGCUCGAUUACGCCCAACCGGGUGAGCUGGUACUUCGACCUGCACGGGCCGAGUGCUCACGUAGACACGGCUUGCUCCAGUAGCUUGCUGGCCCUCGAUCUCGCAUGCCAAUCUGUGCAGAAUGGAGAGGCUUCUUCUGCCCUUAUCACCGGGUCGAACCUGAUUCUGGGUCCCACCAUCUAUCAGCUCCUGUCUGCAUUCAAUUUCUUGUCUCCAGACAGUCUAUGUUAUAGCUUCGACCAUCGUGCCAAUGGGUACGCUCGUGGCGAGGGAAUCGUCGCUCUCGUCAUCAAGCCACUCCUGGAAGCCGUGCGGGAUGGGGACAUGAUUCGGGCCGUCAUCAGAUCCACCGGUUCCAACCAAGACGGCCAUUCGCCAGCACUAACCCAGCCAAGUCCCCAGGCACAGGAGGACUUGAUUCGCCACGUUUACAAGAAGGCUAACUUACCUUUUGACGUGACUCGGUACUUCGAGGCGCACGGUAAGUCGUGAGGAUGGCGACCCCUGGUCGAAUUCGGCCUCGUGCACGCUGCUGAUGAUGGCGAUUCAACAAAGGAACCGGAACGCCUGUUGGCGAUCCCAUUGAGAUGAAAGCUAUAGGCAAGGUCUUCCGAACAAGCCGGUCUAACGAGGAGCCUCUUUAUGUGUAAGUCCAAACCCGGGAACUCUUAACAAGUUGCAUUUUCUGACAGCCCUCUUCAGCGGUUCUGUUAAAGCGAAUAUUGGCCAUCUUGAAGGCUGUAGUGGCUUAGCCGGCGUGCUUAAGUCUAUUCGUAAAUAUCCCUCUGGCUGCUUUCGCUGUUUCCCGUCGUCUUCGGUCGAUACUGACGCAUCGUGCUGUAGUGAUCCUUGAGAAGGGAAUUAUUCCUCCUAAUGCUAACUUCGAGAAAAUCAACCCCAAGAUUGACGCCGACUUUUACCACACCAAGGUAGGCCACUCCAAUCAGGGGGGUUUUUUUUUUGGUGGGUGUCGCUGACGGGAG